UUCUUUCAGAUGCUGGCCUGUCUUGACCUGGUCGACCUGACCCUGUCCAUCCCCACGCUCCUCUACAUCACCGUAGUACCAAACAGUGAUGUCUUCCUGCCAUGCUGUGUGUUCAUGUCGUACGUCGCCCUGUGGACGGCCGUGGUGUCCGGUUACGUGCUGGUCAUCAUCGCGGUGGACAGGUUGUUGUUGUUUGAUAUCUGUUAAGACAGGGAUGGUCGAAGAACUUGUUUGAAAGAUAGCGGGUUAUAAGCUCAGCCCAUUCCUUUAACCGAGCCUCGAGUUACACACAGAUCAUGUUAUGGCCAAAUAUGAAAUGGUUUCGGAAUCGGCUUUUUUAAUAACUAUACUCAAGGGACGAUAACAAAUAUGCCGUUUUCAUAUGUAAUCGAUUUCGUUCAAUGUAUUCAAUUGUUAAACACAAAGACGGAAUAACCCCUAAAAUUAAUAUCUAACUGAAUGUCCUUUUUAAUUUUUUUAUAUUAACUUCGCUUUUCUGUGAUAUGGGCCUAAUCUUUGGACGGCAAACUGGCCCACUUCUCGUCAACCUAUUUAGCUGAAAUUUAGCAUAUAGACUCGUUGCCAUUGGCAACACAUUCUUUCAAAUUUUCAGCCCAUCAUUUCAACCCCAACCCCCAAAAUUCAGUUUUUCCUGUUCUUCAAGGGGAAUAUGAAAGAAAUAUGAUGGAACUGAUUUCAUGAAAUAAAAAUUCCCGAUAACUGUGCUAAGUGAGGUUCUUUUUCUUUUUUUUUUAAAAUCACAAUUGCAUUUUGUGUGUAAGAUUUUCUUCUUCUUUUUUUUCAUAGCUGGUGAAAUAAAUCUGCGAUGUAAAGGCGGGUGGGGGCAUAAGAAUAUUAAUAUAAAUAAAAUCAUAAAUUAUGUUUACGAUAAACUUUGUUUUUGGGGUGUUCUUUAAUUUAUUAUUUAAUCCUAUAAAUAUUUUGCAAAUUUUAAAGUUGGUAUUUCCUAAUUUUUUUUCCUUGUAUAAAUACAUUGAUAUUUUAUUUCAUCACCAGAUAUUUGAAACUUUGCCUCCUUCGACAGACCGGUCUCGACAGCGGCCUCGUGAAAAAACUCUUCGCCGGAAUCAUCUUGUUCUCCAGUGUGUUGAACAUCCCAUGCGCUUGGGUGUUCGGGCGAGACACGGUCUUCUUCUAUCAAUACAAUGUCAAGGUCGGUUACUGCUUCCUGGACAGCCACGGCAAGCAGGGUCCGACCCUGAUCGCCUACGCCAGCGUCCUGUGCCUCGUGUUCCUGUCCAUCUGGGGCUCGCUCGUCGUGCUGUACUACAAGAUCAUUUUAACCCUCAGGGAGCUAUCCGCGAAACACAAACAGCUGAAGUCGCACGCGGUCGAGCCGGGUGGGUCCGAGGCUAACAAAAAAACUGAGGCAAUGCGGAAGUCGUCACUGGUGUUCAUUGCUGUGACGGUGGCUUUCUUCUCCUGUUACACUCCUUACUUUUUGACGAUCGUGCUGUCGACGUCGAGCCCCCAGCUGGAAGGAACCAUGGGUCCGCCUCUGAAAGCUGUUUACGAUCUUGCCAAGGUCAGUCCGUUGCUGAACCGCAUCGUCAACCCGUUGAUUUUCACAUUUACAUCAGAUCAGUUCCGUAAAGCUGUAGUUGAUGUCAUCGCAUGCAAGGGAGGCUGCAGUCAGUUCUUCAAACGCAAGGGAUCCCCUUGA